AUGAUCAAUUUGCGCCCUCUUCCUUCUGUUAUCUAUUUCAACCAGUUAUUUACUGCUAUUGUCAAAUUGAAACGACUUCAACCUCAUUCCACCAUUAUCUCCCUCUUCCGGCAGCCUGAAUUCACUAUCAUCGAUAGUCUUUGCAAGGACAGGUUGUUACAAGAGGCCCUAGACCUGUUCUCCUCCAUGAAAUCUGAGGGCAUUAAACCCAAUGUUGUCACUUAUACUUCCUUGGUUCGAGGCCUCUACAAUUCCGGCUGUGGGGAUGAGGCUCAGCAUGUGUUGACUGAGAUGUUAGAGAGUAACAUAGCACCAGAUGUUAAGACCUACAGCAUGCUGGUUGACAUGUUUUGUAAAGAUGGUUGUGUUGAUCAAGCUCAGUCCAUUCUACACCACAUGACUAAGAGAGGUGUGCCUCCAAACAUCCUUACUUAUAGUGCAUUACUUGAUGGGUACUGUUUGCGUGGUCAGAUGGAAGAUGUAGAGAACCUACUUGAUCUCAUGACAAAAAAUGGUUGUGAGCCUAACCUGGUAAGUUUCAAUACUAUGAUUAAUGGAUACUGUAAGGCUAAAAACAUUGACAAGGCCCUAAACAUUUUCCAAGAGAUGUUUCGGAAAGGAAUAACCCCUGAUCUUGUUACCUAUAACACUCUUAUCGAUGGACUCUGCAAAGCCAAUAGACUCCCAAUGGCACAUAAGUUGUUCAAAGAAAUGCGGGCUCAUGGAAUUGCUCCAGAUGUUGUGACCUAUGCCUCCUUGCUUGACAGCCUUUGCAAAAGUGAUCGGCUUGACGUGGCAGUGAAAUUACUAGAAGAAAUGGAGGAUAAUGGUGUUAAGCCAAAUAUUGUCAUCUACCGUAUCCUAAUAGAUAACUUGUGUGAGGCUGGACAACUUGAAGAUGCAGCAAAGUUCUUUUCAGAUCUUGUAACAAAAGGUCUGCAACCUGAUGUUAAAACAUACAAUAUAUUGAUCAAAGGCUUCUGCAAGAAAGGGCUCAUGAGUGAAGCUAUUCAACUUCUUGCUAAAAUGGAAGAAAAGAGCUGUGCUCCAGAUAGUAUAACCUAUAAUACUGUUAUUAAAGGAUUUAUUCAACACAAUGACUUUCCAAAUGCCUUAUACUAUCGAGAUAUCUUGCUUAAAAAGGGAUUUGAAGUUGAUGCUCACACAUUCUCAUUGUUCACCAGCCAUUUGUUUCGUGAUAAUGAGUUGCUCCGAAAGUUCAUCAAUUGA